AGAAGGCAGACAGAUGGGAAUUGCCGGGUCGGAGAGAGAGAGUCAGACACAAAGUAGUGUAACAACGAAACAACCUCAGAUGGAGGUUGAGAGCGUCAAAUGUGAUUCAUGCGGAUUCUCAGAGGAUUGCACUGUUGCUUACAUCUCUCGUGUUCGUCAGAGGUUUCAAGGUCGGUGGUUAUGUGGGUUAUGCGUGGAGGCUGUGAAGGACGAGGUUUUGCGAUCAGACCGCCUCAUCACUCUUGAAGAAGCUCUCCACCGCCAUAUCAGUUUCUGCUCCCAGUUCCGGUCUUCUUCCGACGGUCAUCUCGGUAAAACCGAACACCCAAUAUUCGCCAUGGGUCGGGUUAUUCGCCGGAGCUUGGAUUCCCCCAGACAUAUCCGAUCAAACUCAUCAAGCUUCUCUUUGCCGGUGGCUCAUCAAGCUCGGAGCUCGCCUCUGGUUCGGUCCGAAAGUUGUUUCUCCUCCAUCUCAGGUUGAGGUAAAACGCAACGCGGGAAUCAAACCCAUCAAACUCCAUCUCUGUUUCGAGCGAGACAUUAAAAAAAACAAAAUGGUCUUUCUCUUACAUGUGCUUUCUUCAAGAUGAUCAUAGCCUCAUAGGUAGUAAUGAGCGUAUUAAUUAAUUACUUGAUUUUAGUAGUAUUUCUUUGAAUUUCCUUGCUUCCUUCUCUUGUAAAUAGCAUGUUCUGAACAAAUUUUAGCUAUAAAUUCUCUGUUCAGUCAGUGUAACAUGACAAAGGUGGAUUACUCUAAUAUCUAUCCGAGCUGACAAGAAUUGCAUAAUCAUGAAGUUUCUCAGCACUGAUUCUGGAAUAAUCUAGCACGUUAAGCUCUGUCGGGUAGCGGUCACGACCAUAGCCAUGGGAUAAUGAUUUCUGUUUACUUAUUUGUCCGUAGUAAGCGACUUGAUAGGUGCACGGGAACAGGUGAGCCAAUCAAACUCGAGAGGAAAAAAAAAGGUAGAAAUGGUUAUGUCUGAAACUUCUGGCAGUAUCGACGGCAGGAAAUUUCCAACAAAACAAAAAGCGGAAGCGGAGGCAUCAUUACGUGAAUUUAGAUUUUCUUCUCUUUAUUAUUUUUUGUCCUGUAUAUCUUAACGAUGUUGCUGGAGUUUUUA